AUGCACUCAACUAAAGAAGAAAGAAAAGAUGAUACCCAAGUGGGGAUUCUUGUCCUUAUAGCCAUUUUUAUUCCUCCAUUAACUGUGUUUAUGAAGAGAGGUUGUGGAGGACAAUUGUUCCUUAAUCUUAUUUUAUUAUUUUUUGGUUUCAUUCCUGCCAUGAUUCAUGCUAUUUAUAUUGCAUUGGCUGACAAUAAGAAAGAUAAGGAUGUUACUCCAGUUGCUGCUCCUGCUGGUCCGCCACCACAAGCCACAAAUGCUCCUGCUCCUGCUCCAGGUACGGCACCUGUUCAACAUGUUGCUGCAAUUCCAGAAGCAACAACUACUCAGGCUCAACAAUAUGAAUUUCAAGCUCAGCAAGUGGGAAAUUACAAAUCUGAUGGUAAUCCUCCAACUUAUAAUGAUGUUAAGAAUUCUUCAUAA